UCGAGAGCAUUGUAAUCAUCCGCCAUUAUAUUCCAUUGAUUGUCAAACUUUUCUUCUUCAUCGACAAUCAAUUCCACACUUCUAGUAUAGAGGAAUUGCCUUCAAGUAUUAACAGCAUUUGGUGGUCUAUCCAGAGGGAAGCUCCUUAAUCCACUUGAUGACCUUAAUCAUUCUUCAGGUACACAAAGGCUAAUUGAUAAGUUGCAAUGGCAAUAAAUAAUGUCAAUUCAAAUAACGAUAGUACACUCUUGACAGAGCGUACGAGGCUUUAUCAGGCUGCGUCGAAAGGUGAUUGGAAUUCUAUCGAGGGCAUGCCACACAUUCAAAGAUGUCUUGGUAUAAAAGGAGAAACCACUCUUCAUAUUGCUGCUGCAGCAGAGCGGGAACAGUUUGUUAAUAAGUUAUUGAAGUGGAUGAGAGACAACAACCGACUAACAGCUGAAAAUGUGUCUCUAACAGCUAGAAAUGAGAUUGGGGCCACUGCCUUGCACUUCGCUGCUGCAGUAGGAAAUGUGGAAAUUGCCAAGGUGAUGCUAUUGCGGGAUACAAAUGGAGACCUGCCAAACAUAGCUACUACGGGAGAGAAUCCGAUGAAACCCAUCCUUAUGGCUGCUUCUUUAGGACACAAUAAAAUGGUGGGGCUUCUUUAUCCUAAAACUACGAUGGUGGGAAACGAAGAGACUGAAAUAUUUAUCACUUGUAUUAAGAAUAACUUAUAUGGUGAAGCCUUGCAAAUGCUGAAGGCCAACAGUAACUUAGCUAGAGAUGAAAGCAACGGAGAGACUGCACUGCAUGUGUUAGCUCGCAAGCCUUCGGCGUUUGUUAAUGAAAGUCAGCCAGGAGUUUUAAGGAGACACAUCAAUAUUCCAUGGUUGAAGUUCAAACAGGAAAACUCUAAGCAAUCUGUAGCCAAUGACCUGUUUACUGAAUGUCUUAUGGCUUACAAAGGGGAUGUUGAGCAUUUAAUUGAGACCCCAGAGAUUCCACAAGCUCUAUUUGAUGCAGCAAGAGUAGGCAACGUUGAAUUUAUAAUCAAGCUAAUUAGUUUUAACUUUGAUAUAUUAUGGACAACAGAUAACAAUAAAAGCAUAUUUCAUAUUGCUGUUGAGGAGCGCCAUGAAAGCAUCUUCAACUUACUUCAUGAGUUAGGUUCAGUUGGAAAGAUAAUAGUAGAAAGAACAUUUGAAAAUAGAAGCAAUAUAUUGCAUUUAGCUGCAAGAUUGGCACCUCAAGAGAAGCUCAAUGCUAUAUCAGGAGCAGCUCUUCAAAUGCAACGAGAAUUUUUAUGGUUCAAGGAGGUGGAAAAGGUUGUGAGUCCUGAAUACAGAGAAAUGAAAAAUAAUGAGGGGGACACACCGUAUGUUUUAUUUGCGAAGAACCAUGAGGAGUUAAGGAGGGACGGGGAGAAGUUGUUGACGAACACAGCAAAGUCAUCUAUGCUGGUUGCUACACUAAUUGGCUCUAUAAUGUUUCCUGGCCAAGUAGCUGAUGGAUUGAACAAGAAUCCUCAUAUUUAUCUGGCCUUUUCAGUUUCAACUGCAAUAUCAUUAUUUGGCUCAUCAAUGUCCCUAAUAAUGUUCGUAUCCAUCCUUACCUCGCGUUAUUCGUACGAGGACUUCCUUGUAUCAUUACCUGCUAGGUUGAUGAUUGGAAUAACUUCACUUUACAUCUCAAUCUUCGCCAUGAUGGUUGCAUUUUCUACAUCCUUUUGGUUGAAGAAUUAUAAUCAUUGGGAUGCGAUCUUUGUUGUCAUUGGUUUAUGUGCUUGUGUGCCAAUCUUUGAUGUGUUGCUAAAGUACCACCUAGUUUUUGAUAUGGUCCAAUCUACCUUCUUUCGGUUUCGGCCACAGCAUCGUCUACUUUACGAGGAGGUUUCUAAUACACCGGUGCCUAGAUCCCAGUCCGACGCACCAGCGAAUCCCACAGGUGUCUGA